CCUCAACCAGUAUAAUUUAUUUUAACUUUUUCUUACGGGAAGGGGAAACUAUUGAGACGGGAGACACCGCUCUGCGCUAUAAAACAAUAGUUUAACUGUAGAAUGGAGCCUGUUGGAGGGGGUAAAAGUAGUCCCGGCAAGGAGGUCACGACUCCGUACGUCAGCGCCCGGCGCGCAUUUCAGUUUGGCGGUUUCGGGUCUUCAGUCAAACUGGGGCGCGAUGUGGUCGGGAGCUAACCGAGCUGCUGAGGAAUUUUACGCUGGUCUCCUGCAGGAAUUUGAUGAAAAAAAGAACGGAAUCUGUAAAGACCCAUUUAUCUAUGAGACUGAUAUUCAAGUGCAGUUGAUCAGCAAAGGCCAACCAAACCCUUUGAAAAAUAUUCUACAUGAAAAUGAAACCAUAUUUAUUGUGGAAAAAGUGCCUUUAGAAAAGGAAGAACCAAGUCAUAUUGAAGAGCUACAGUCUGAAGACACUGCUAUUUCUGAUCUCUCUACUGGUGAAAAUGUUGGGCUGCUUGCUUUACCAAUUGGGAGAGCCAGGCAGUUAAUUGGAUUUUAUACCAUGGCUCACAAUCCUAAUAUGACCCAUUUGAAGAUUAAUCGGCCAGUUACUGCCCUUCCUCCUCUAUGGGUAAGGUGUGAUGGUUCAGAUCCUGAAGGUAUCAGUUGGCUGGGAGCUGAGCUUAUCUCAACCAGUAGCAACAUCACAGGAGUUGUCUUGUACAUGGUCACCUGUAAAGUGGAUAAAAAUUAUUCUGUAAAUCUCGAAGACCUAAAAAAGUCUCACAAGAAAAGGCAUCACUUGUCUGCUUUAACAGCCGGCGGCUUUGCCCAGUACGAGCUCUUUAAGUCCACUGCCUUGGAUGAUAUAGCUGCUGCUUCACAAACCACGAUCACUUUGGAUAUUUCCUGGAGUCCUGUGGAUGAGAUCCUUCAGACCCCUCCUCUCUCUUCAACUGCAACUUUGAAUAUCAAGGUGGAAUCAGGAGAGCCCAGAGGUCCUCUGAGUCAGCUUCACAGAGAACUGAAAUUUCUCCUUGUUUUGGCUGAUGGUUUGAGGACUGGUGUAACUGAAUGGCCUGAGCCUCUGGAAGCAAAAUCUGCUGUUGAACUUGUGCAGGAAUUUCUGAAUGAGUUAAAUAAGCUGAAUGAAUUUGGUGAUUCUACAAAAAAAGACACCGAGACAGUGAAGCAUGACGCUGCUGCAGUUGAUGGGUCUGUUGAGUGUCUUCUCACAGUACGGGGUGAUCUCGAUUUUGCUGAGCAGCUGUGGUGCAAAAUGAGCAGUAGUGUGAUUUCUUAUCAAGACUUGGUGAAGUGUUUCUCAUUGGUCAUCCAGAGUCUGCAGCGUGGUGCUAUACAGCCAUGGCUUCAUAGUGGGAGUAACAGUUUACUGAGUAAGCUCAUUCAUCAAUCUUACUAUGGAACCAUGGACACGGUUUCUCUCAGUGGGACUGUUCCAGUUCAGAUGCUUUUGGAAAUUGGUUUGGAUAAACUGAAGAAAGAUUAUAUCUGUUUUUUCAUAGGUCAGGAGCUUGCAUCUUUGAAUCAUUUGGAAUAUUUCAUCUCUCCAUCAGUAGAUACACAGGAGCAGGUUCAUCGUGUUCAAAAACUCCACCAUAUUCUUGAAAUAGCAGUCAGUUGCAUGCUUUUCAUUAAACCUCAACAUGAACUCCUCUUUUCUCUAACACAAUCCUGCAUAAAAUAUUAUGAACAAAAUCCUCUUGAUGAGCAGCACAUUUUUCAGCUGCCAGUCAGACCAACUGCUGUCAAAGACUUAUAUCAAAAUGAGAAGCCACAGAAAUGGAGAGUGGAAAUAAAUAGUGGUCAAAAGAAGGUGAAAACAGUUUGGCAACUGAGUGAUGGCCCACCUGUAGACCAUCUGGGUUUUCACAGACCCGAUUUUUCUGAAUUAACAUUAAACGGUAGCUUGGAAGAAAGGCUGUCCUUUACUAGCAUGGUUACCUGCAGCCAGGUGCAUUUCAAGUGAGGUGUGCUGCUGGGGCCCUCUGUAAGCUCUAACUGCCCUCCCCCCCGCAAAAAAUGGACAGAGGUAAUGGGAAGGUAAUUAUCACAAAACCUGAAAACAGAGAUGUGCCUGAGCCUUUGAAGGAGAAAGAAGCUGAGGAAGAUCCUGAUGGUUCUCUCUGAAAGAUGCAGCUGCAAAACAGGUGACCGCGUCUCAGCUCAGACUCCGCAGGAGAAGCAUCAGGAGAACUGCAGCGAUUAGUAUACAGAGGGUGCAGACUGUCGGUACCACGAUCUCCGUCACAGUCUGCAUGUAACUUAGCAAAGGCUCUGCAGCGGGGGGGAGAGACCAACACGGCAGAUUAGAAGGCGAGUGCAGCUUCAUCCUGAAGAGCUUCCGCUGUCCGGAGAAACUUGGAACAUGGCAUCAUCACACUUGCUAAUUCUCAUUUGCUAUAAAAAAGAGAACCUAGUAUAUUAAAUGUUAUAAAAACUGUGUAAGGGCUUCGUGAGAUACUUUAGAAAAUACGGAUAAAGCAUGCUGACUUUUGGUUCUUCAGUACUAUAAUAAAGUCUAUAUGUAUGUUAA